AUGUCCUUCUCGGGAACUCCUCUCGGUCAAGGCAGACGUCUCGAUCACCACACUUUUCUCAACAAGACAAACCCGAACAACCAUAUCAACUUGCCCCGCGCUCCUGCUUCUCCCCCUAAAGAUCGUCCUGUUCCCGCGUCCUACGCGUACGGCGCGCCCACGCUCGGAACACGUUCACCCCCUAAAUCAGGUGCAUCUAUUAGCCAGGAGGAUAACGCACUUGCACGCUUCGCACGUCUCAAGCAACGCCAACAAUUAUCUUCGUCCUCGUCUCAAACUCAGACCCAGACCAAAACUCUAGAACCAACAAGGUGGGCCGUACGAGACACCUCCGUCCAAGUCGCCAACGCAUUCCAACAAGCCGCUACAUCGUCCAACCCCGUCGUAUCCACCUCAUACUCUCAAUCCCAGUCCUAUUCCGACGGGCCCAGUAAUUCCAGCAUGAACCCUACCGAUGCGUGGGCCUCUCAAGGCUCCCGCAGCACACAACAGAUCCCUCGAUCCACAUCCGCCGAGUUCGAACAACAGGCCUCCACACACGGUGGUCGUCGUUUCGCCGAACCUCCCAAACGCAACGGCGGUCCUCCGCCAGCCAAGUCGACGGGUACUGCCACCCGUCAAGCGAUUCCUUCCAACGGCUCCUUGACCAUCAUACCCGAUUCGGAAGGUGAAGACGAGCUGUUUCGACGCCGAGAUCCUAUGACGCGCGGAAAGAGCCCUAUCGAUACCGCGGUGGAUAUCGCCAAACGAGCUGCAUUCUAUCUGCGUCAGAAACCGUCCGAUAUUCCUGCAGACGAUUCGGUGGCACAAGUCGAAGCGUACGUGAAUGGCAAUGGCCACAACCCCCAAGAAUCGUAUGAUUACUCGAAUGAAGAGAGGGAGUAUCAGAAGGAGAUGGAGGCACAGAACCAGAAGUCCGCUUCUCAACGGCGCACAGCUCCGGGCGUCCAUAAGCGUGGACGGAUUUCGGUCGACAACAAAGCUUAUAAGCCUACCAUAUCAGAUUACGAAGAUUCGGACGGAGAGCUGUCGGAUGACGGAAAGAAGAGGAGGAAAAAGAAGAAGAAAGAUCUCAGUGGGUUGUCGCUACCGAUCAUGGCAGGAGAGAAGAGGAAAAGGCGCAAAAGCAGAGGGUCCAAAGGCGACAUGCAAGCGGGAUCGGAUGAAGAAGAAGGGAGCGAGAGCGAACAUUCUCAUUCUCGGUCAGUACAUUCUCAACCACCCACUCAAGUAAUCGAACAACAGCAAUCUCAGCAAUCUCAGCAACGUGCCUCUGUUACUCGGUCCCUCCCUCCACCCUCACGCGCCUCCGCUUCGCGUACAUCCGCACCUCCCGAACCCUUAGCCCAAGACGACCGCUCUCUCGAACAAGCUGAACAAGGGCAAUCCUCGUUGGACUCUGUUCCCGAAGAAGUCUACGAAGAGUAUCACGAAGCUCCCAUGGUCCGACCAUCACACCCCUACGCUCGCCGUCGCGGUCGCGCUUUCAGCGUCGGGGGUCUGCUAGGCAAACUCGUCCACGCCCUAUAUCUAUUCGGCGUACGGAGCGUGACGUUGUUCUUCUGGGCGAUCUCGGAGUUCACCAGAGUGGUCGGGAAGACGCUGGGCAUGACGUUGAAGCCGGUAACAUUCGUGACGGACAUGCCGACCACGCCACUCCUCAAAGGAGCCGGUUGGAUCCUCGCACUCGCGAUGCUAUGGGGCGCUUGGAACAAUAUGCCUUCGAAUCUCAUGGACUACGUCCCUCACGUAUCGCUACCCUCGCGGUCAUCAGGUCAUCCCGCAUACCAGGCCCCGGAGCUUCCUGCUGCCAAUGUCGCGGAGAUCUCACAGCGGCUACUCAGCUUGGAGAACGCCCUCGCAGGCCUUUCCCUCGAGACCGAACGGACGCGGGCGAGCACAUCGGCGAAGCAUAACGAACUGCUUGGACAACUUGGACAGAUCGAAACGCAGGUGCAGAAGGAGAAUAGAAGGGCUAUCGAGGCGGAGAGUCAGUAUUCUAGCGCGGCUUCGCAGAGCCUGCUGCUCGUUCGGAGGGAGAUCGACAGUCUCCAGGAGGCACUCAAGUCUGGGGAGUACACCCAAGAGAAGACCACGGUGGUCGAGAAGAUCAUCGAGAGCACUGGCCCUAGCAGCGACGAGGAAGCGAGGGCGAAGUUAGCUGCACUAGAGGAAAGGGUCAAUGGCGUCGAAGGUGGCGUCAAGGAGGCGCUGGAGAUUGGCAAGACGGCGGUGAAGGCCGGUGGCGCUGCGGCUGGAGGUGCCGCGACUUGGUGGCAGCGGUCGUCUUCGUCUGCGAACAAGGGUCUGACGAUCAAGUCGGGCGACGGACAGGACGUGACGGCGUUGAUCGAUCAUAUGGUCGAGUCGGCGGUGUCCAGGCGAGGGAGAGAUGGUAUCGCGAAGCCCGAUUUCGCGUUGAACUCUGGAGGCGCCAGCGUCAUUCCCGCACUCACGUCCGAGACGCUUGAGAUCAAAGUCGAAGGACUCAAGGCCUUGCUCGGGCUCUUCACCGGCUACGGUGGCGUCAUUGGAAGGCCACCCAUCACUGCGCUCCACCACGAGAACCAUAACGGACACUGUUGGCCAUUCGAGGGCUCGCAGGGGCAUCUGGGUGUGCAGUUGGCUCACCCGGCGUACGUGGAGGAGAUCUCGAUUGAUCAUGUCGCUCGAGAGGUCGCCUGGGAUUUGAGGAGCGCACCGAGGGAGAUGGAGGUCUGGGGUUUGAUUGAGGGCAAGGCUAAUUUCGAGAAGGUCAGGGAGUGGAAGGUCGCUAAGGCUGCAGAGCGCUUGCAGAAAGCGGACGAGGCGGGCAUCUCGACGGACUCGGCCGACGUUACUGUCCUCGACGACGAAGGUGAAGAAUAUCCUGACUUCUUGCCGCGGGAUAUGAUGUUCGUCCGGAUCGCCAGCUUCGAGUAUGACGUACGGAGGGACGAGGAGAUCCAGACGUUCCCGGUGGAUGAGGAGGUCAAGGCUCUCGGAAUCGACUUUGGAGUGGUGGUGUUGAGCGUGAAGUCGAACUGGGGUAAGGAGUUCACAUGCCUCUAUAGGAUGAGGGUGCAUGGUCAGAGGAUGCAGGAUACCUUGGCGGAUUCGGAGACGACACCCACGGACGCGCCGGAGCCUGAGCCCACACAGGCUCCUUAAUCGCACUCAGCCGCCCCGUCCUCAAGUUUCAAUCGUUAUGCCCUCCUCCGACAUCAUCAUGCCUCAUGCCUCAUGCCCUCCAUAUUCCACAUGUUCGAUAACUGCAAGCAAUUCCUUACGUCUAAAUAACUCGACGAUAUAUGGCGAACUCACUCUCCGGAUACUCAUGCACAUAUACUAUCUUUGUUGUCUGUAGUACCUUACACAAUGCGUUCCCCCACAUUACAUAUUGCUCGCCUUCUUCCAUUCGUUCAGGUCUCUCUUGCUCUCGAUGCAUGCUCGCUAGGUCCACUCACGAACGUCCUCCUUUAUGAUAGUACUUUAUUAUCUUUACACCUCUUCUCUCUCUCUCGUCGUAACCCGUAUCUGCUUCUUUAUAGUUUCCCUGCUUCGCUGUCUUCAAAGCCUUCGUGUGUGCAUAGUUCUGAAUUGCUUUUCUUUUCGUUCGUCGACUUCUCUAUUUCCUAUUGGUACUGAUGUAGUGUCGGAAGUGCAGUUACAGUGAAUCUUCUCGUAGUUCUUUUUUCUUCUUAUAGUAGGUAAUAGCGUAAGUACAUCGCUAUGGCUGAGGUGUCAAUGUCAAAUUAGC